AUGGGCCACAACCCAUGGGAGGACCUCCACAAGAACAUGGAACGGGUCUUCCAACAGCAGGUUGCCGGUGGCGCUGGUAGCCAGGCACUGGUGCCACGACCCAUGCAGAUGCAAAUGCAGCUGGGCGGCCUGCUGGACAUGUUCGGUGACCACCACGCAGGACACGUCGGCCUUGCUCAGGGCAGCUUCCAGGUGCACGACGACCAUGAGACACAGAUCGUGAUCUCGGCCGUUCUGCCUGGAUACGAGUUUGGCGCGGCCAGCGCUUCCAGCGAAAAGCCGCUGUCUGUCCGAGCCAUCCGCGGCAGGUCCCUGGUGAUCAGCGGACGACACCGACAGGGACCGCUCAUCAGUUCUUGGCAGCGCGUCUUCUCGCUGCCGAAGGGAGCCGAUGUGAACCAUGUCUCUGUCACGUACAGCUCGGGCACUGGCAACCUGACCGUGACCGUCCCAAGGACGAACGAGACGGUGGCAGAGGAGCCCGAGGGUUCCGACACCGGUGGGAUGGACAUGCUGCCACCAGCACUUCAGGCACUGCGGACCGGGGUGCCUCUGCUGGUCGGCAACAUGGGCGCCUUGCAGGGUGGACCUCAGGGUUUCUUGCGGGCCCGGAGACCUGUUGGAAUCGAGGAUGUCUUGAAUCAGGUCUUUGGACAACUGGACCAGAUGCAUCCCAGGAACCAGCUUCCCGUGGCAAGGCAGGUGCCUGAGGAUGCUGUAGUGAACUUAGUCGGCUGCUUCGCCGAGUCGCAGCUGGAGCAGGUGAAGCUCAAGUACUACGGUGACGAGAACGCUGCUAAUUUCGCAGCCAUGUACUGGCACGCUGAGAACGACCACGUGCCUUACUUUGCCAUGGCAAGGCACGGCGUGCCCCUGGGCCAUGCCUUCACCGCGGCCGGCUUCCUCCACGAGAAAGAGGUGCCUCAGUGGGGCGUCUAUGAUGGCUGCGGCUCCCCAUGUCAGGACGAUGACGAGCGGUGGUGUGGCUGCGCCAACGAGGCUUCGCGAGGCUUUGCCAACCCUUCCUGUGUGGAUGGUGAGAAGCGCUUCGCAGUCUACAAGAUAGGUGCUGCAAGCACCACUGAGGCGCCUGCGGCCAAUGCUACGGCAGCGGAGCCCGCAAAUGGUGAAGAGGUUACCACUUCAGUACCAAGCGCAUCUGCAGCACCAGCGGCACCAGGCCCAUACUGGAAGCUGACCGGAGAAGCUGAAGGCGACCCAUCGAUCGAGGUGGUGGUCCCUAAGGGCACUGUUGCCUCUGCGAGCGGCUCCGAGGUCCUGCUCUUCAACGCCACAGCCACAGAAGGCGCAUCUUCUCUCUCCGAGCAGCCUCCGGGAACAGAUGUGCAGGAGAAGACUCCGAUUGGGAAGGUCAAACUCCCAGUCGACGUGUCCAAAGAGUCCUGCAAGCUUGGGGAGACGGCCAAAGAUGGCGGACAGGUUCUGAAGUGCAAGCUGGAGCAGGAGGACGUCCGCGAGGUGCCCAUCAAGGUGAUCGAUGAGCUGUGA